ACCAAUGCGAUGGAACUUUUAUUUCAUCAUGCCGUGUGAACGCCGUAUGGAAUGAAGAUUCGCUUGAAAUGGAGUAACAUGUGGCACAAUAACCAAUAGAAAUCUCGCUUUUCCCGCGUUUGUGGUUGCGAUCUUACCUUCGAAAUAACCUCCUCAGAAUUUCCUGAUGUAUCCGUACUUCAUACAAGGCUGAUUUCAUCGUCCAUAACCUCACCAGCACGCGUAUAAGAUUCGAAUAUUGCUAAAGCAAAUCAUGACAAGUAGUGUUCAACUUGCUAAAAGUAAAAUCCCUUUUGUGCCAGGAACAAAGCCAUCAAUCCAGAAUGCCCAGCUUCUCGUUUCGACGGGCGUUCCUUCAUUGGACCAUGUAAUCGGUGGCGGUCUGCCCGUGGGAACGAUCAUCCUCAUAGAGGAGGAUACCUAUGGCAGCUAUGGUAAAAUUAUUCUCAAAUAUUUCAUGGCGGAGGGUGUUGUUUCUUCUCACCAGCUUCUUGUUGCAUCCCAGAAUAUAAAACCGUCACAGCUGGUGGCUGAAUUGCCAGCAGUUUCAGUCAACUCCAUCACCUGUCCUCCACCACAGGAUGAAAAAAUGCAAAUAGCUUGGAGAUACCAAAACAUGAGGAAAAUCGAUACCUCACCAAUAGGAGGACAGCCUUUUGGACACUAUUAUGACCUCACUAAAACUAUCGACAAGGAUAUUAUAGAAGCAGCGAGCAUCAAACACUGGGACGGAUAUGAUGUGAGAUACACAGCAGAAUCUUUUGAAAACGAUGCUUACGUUGAUCUGCUGAAAACUAUUCAGGAGAGCAUAAAAGAUGGCCAAUUCUCAAUUUCAAGUGAACCAGAAAAAAGAAAUAUUCUUCGGAUAGCCAUUCAUUCCUUGGGUUCAAGACUCUGGUCGAAUGAGAAAGAAGAAACUACAACCAGUGACCUUCUGAAAUUUUUCUUCUGUCUAAAAUCUCUUCUGAGGAACGCAUAUGCCGUUGCGAUGGUUACCAUUCCCGCUCAUCACUUUGACAACUCCGACGCAGUGGUAGAGAGAAUAGAACAUUUGUCAGACAUAGCAUUGAGGCUGGAGUCAUUCGCUGGAUCAGCUAAAGAGGCAAAUCCUAUAUUCAGUGAUUACCACGGCCUGUUACACAUCCGAAAGUUGGGAGCGUUGAAUUCCUUGGCACCCCAUUACCCAGAAUCCAUGGAUCUUGCUUUUAAGCUUCGCCGGAAAAAAUUCGUUGUUGAGGUGCUACAUCUACCACCGGAAUUGCCAGGUACAGCUCAAAGGGAACAAGAUGAAAUUGUGCCAUUAACUGGGGGCUGUAGCAGUGGGGCUGGAAAAAAUCGAUUAGACUUUUAAGGUGUUUACUUGAGUGUCGAAAAUUGAAAGUUUCUGACAUUGAGAAAAAAUGUUCACUUUUUGUAUAUACUGAUAAUUUAUCGAAACAGUUUUGGAAAUCCUUCGGAGACGCUCUCGAGCUGAAAACAAGAAAAAUGCUGAAUAAUAAACUAUGAAUAAUA